CUCAUUCUCUCUCUCUCUAUAUACAUCGCCGACGAGGCAGGAACGACGACCAAUUGAGACGUUGACCCUUAAUCCGAUUUUUAAUUUUUCAGCAGAUUUGAUUUUAUUGAACAAUCUCUCUUUCUUUCUUUCGACCAGGAAUAAUAAAAGUCUCGUCUUACGUCUUCUUCGAUCUCGUAUUAUCUAUCUAUCAUCCUGUAAGUUUGAUCUGAAUCGAAAUCAGAGGGCGUUUUAGAUCAGAUCUGGCGAAUGGAUAGCAGUUACUCUGUGAUUCCCAAAACUUCUUACGUUGAGUUACAGAAACCGACUAGUAAUGGAAAACCCAGAAACAACAAGUUGCUUGCUUCUGAUGAAGAAAGCUUCGUGAACGACUUCGACGACACACGCAAUGGUGUCGGCGAUGAAGAAGUUGAUGAUCUCGAUUUUGAUGUCGAUGUCCUUCAUGGCAAAUCAUCCAACCAAGGAUCUGGGAUCUACGGCGCCGUUUUCAACCUCACCACCUCUAUUAUCGGCGCCGGGAUCAUGGCAUUGCCCGCCACCAUGAAAGUUCUCGGCUUGGUUCUAGGGUUUGUCUUGAUUAUCAUCAUGGCCAUUCUUUCUGAGAUUAGCGUUGAGCUCCUGGUUAGAUUUUCAGUUAUUCACAAGUCCAGAUCUUACGGCGAGGUUGUUCAAUGCGCAUUGGGCAAAACCGCUAGGGUUUUUUCCGAGAUUUGUAUCAUUGUCAACAACGGUGGCGUUCUCGUUGUUUAUCUGAUUAUCAUGGGUGAUGUCAUGUCUGGCUCUCUUCAUCACAUUGGGGUUUUGGAUCAAUGGUUAGGGAAUGGUUUCUGGGAUCACCGUAAAAUUUUGAUUUUGAUUGUGAUGGUCAUCUUCUUGGCUCCUCUCUGUGCUUUGAACAAGAUUGAUUCCUUGAGCGUUACCUCAGCUGCUUCUGUUGCUCUUGCUGUUGUCUUUGUGGUCGUCUGUUUUGUUGUCGCCGCCAUCAAGCUUAUCGAAGGCACCAUCGACCCUCCCAGGAUGACUCCUGAUUUUGGUUCCAAAAAGGCAAUCUUGGAUCUUCUUGUUGUCAUUCCCAUCAUGUCCAAUGCUUACGUUUGUCACUUCAAUGUCCAGCCCAUCUAUAACGAGCUCCAAGGUCGAUCACCUCAUAAGAUGAAUCAAGUUGGGAGAAUCACUACAGCUAUUUGUGUUGUUGUCUACGCUUCAACUGCUAUAUCAGGCUAUCUCCUCUUCGGCAAGGACACCGAAUCAGAUAUCUUGACCAACUUUGAUCAAGAUCUCGGUAUCCGUUUCAGCUCUGCUGUGAACUACGUUGUCAGAAUCGGCUACAUUCUUCAUCUAGUGCUCGUCUUCCCGGUGAUCCAUUUCUCAUUGAGAGAAACCGUCAACACCUUGCUGUUUGAAGGGUCGCCUCCUCUAUCGGAAAGCAAAAAGAGAUCAUUGGGGCUUACUGUGGUCUUGCUGGCUCUUAUUUACAUUGGCUCAACGAUGAUCCCAAAUAUAUGGACUGCAUUCAAAUUCACAGGCGCAACAUCAGCGGUUUCGCUUGGUUUUACAUUCCCUGCGCUUAUCGCAUUACGGUUAGGGAAACAGAGCAAUUCGUUAAGCCUCGUCGAAAGAUCAGUGUCGUGGUUGAUGCUAAUCUUGGCCGUAGUGGUUAGCGUUGUUGGAACCAUUGGCAAUAUAUACAGCAUCAGGAGCAAAUCAGAUUGAAUGUAAUAGCAGUUUUUCUCAGGAUCUUGUAGAAGCAUACAAUCAAAAGAUUCUAAGUCCAAUACCGAACCGGAAAUCUUCAGUUUUGAGACAGCUACGUGCACCUUUAGGAUCUCUCAGUCGAUGGCGUUUGUUCAGACUAAGCCUAAAGAUUUUCCGGUUUGUGAAUUCUAUGUAUACAGACCAGAUUCUUAUGAUAUCAUCAUUUUAUAUAUAUAUACGCAUUUUUACUGUGUUUUUAAUUAAUAAACUCCUUUUAUGUCUC